GUUACGUGUAACAGAUGUCUGUAUAUAAAUGCCGGCGCCCGGGCUUGUAGCCAUACAGUAAGAAACAUACCACGGAAUGGAAUUCCGGGUUCUUACAGUUAUUGCCUGUUUAGGCGCUCUGACACUCGUCAGCGGUGGAAGGAUCAGAUCAGGAGGUGGCAAGGUUAGGCUGGCGACCUCGCUUGAAACCGAAGUCUCAUGCACGGAGUCCUGUGGGGAGAACGCCGAAUGUAACCCACACACUGGACAAUGUCAGUGCAAAAAUGGCUUCUACGGAGACGGACAUUCAUGCCAACAGACAUGCCUGUGCUCGGCUGUUGGAGACCCACAUUACACGAUGUUUGACUCGGAAGGCUGUAAGAGAUGCAAGGACAAUAUGCAGGGACCAUGUUUCUACACUCUGUCCAUGCGCGACAGCAUUGUCGAGCCCGAGUGUAACUUCCGUGUAAACGUGAAGAACGAGUACCGUGGCACCAACAUGGAUGUUACUAUCCUGCGACUGGCAGAAAUCACAUUCCCUGGUGAAGAAACGGUCAUUUUUGGGCCAAUGGCGUCAGUAAAGGCGAAUAACAUGGAUAGACAGCCACCAGUGGAAACAUCGAAAUAUUCGAUUGUGUACUCGGACAAAAUGUACCGUCUUGUGACCUCGUGUGGAGUGACCGUGGAAUAUGAUGGAAACAACAAGCUGUACGUCCGCGUGCCAAGGAAAUACGGAAAUGACCUACACGGCAUAUGCGGAAAUUGUAACGGAAACAGGACUGAUGAUUGCCGAGGGCCGGAUGGGAAGAGCUAUAUGGCAGACGAUCAUUGUAACGGGGAGAGCCUUGGCUUCGCCUGGAAAAUUAACAACAGUCCAUAUGAGCCGUUUUACUCCACCUGUUCAGAGAGCCAGGCCGAACCCGAGGUUAAAGACACUUGCGAUAUCGACACGCGCACCCUUGCCGCUGACGCCUGCAAGCUCCUCAACAUGGCCGACGGCGCCAGCGGUCCUUUCUCCAUUGAAGAGCUUGGACGUCUCACAGAGGAUAAACUGACUCAGGUGAGAGGACUGGCCGACGACGCCCUGAGUUUCUGCGAGUAUGACGCGUGUGAAGAUCUAUCCAACGAGAAAGACCCCAAGGACAUUGUCUGUGGCUACCUGGCCGGCUUCGAAGAGGAAAUCGUCGAGCUUGGUGUUACCGCCCCCGACUGGAGGGAUGUAGCUGGCUGUAGACCUGUGUGUGGAGAAAACGAGCAGUAUUACACGUCUAUGCCGGCUGAAGGGUCCUGUGCAUCUGUCGGAGAGCUGGAGGGCUCUAUGGCUGGAAGGAGCGGAUGUGGUUGCUCCGAGGGCUUUGUCCGCUCCGGAACUGUCUGUGUCAGUGCUGACUCGUGCGGAUGUGUGCGGGACGGCGUCUACUACAAUAAAGGUGAUAAGAUCUACAUGGAUAACUGUAUUGAGGUACUGGAGUGUCUGGGCGGUGACGUCACAAGGGACCUCGAUCCACAAGAUGCGUGCAUCUCAGGCGCCACGUGUCAGGUGAACGCGAAACUCGGUCGCUAUGACUGCGUGUGCAACGACGGCUUGGUCGGAGACGGACGAAAAGAAUGCGGAGCGGGUUGCGGGGAGAACAACGACAAGUGCCAUGAGGACGCCGAGUGUGUGACCGCCAAGUACGGGAGACGGGAGAAGUCAUUCUGCCGCUGUAACAAGGGACUCUCCGGUGACGGCAUCGAUUCCUGUGAAAAGAAGUGUAGAUGUGAGUUCUGGGGCGACCCACACUUCACGACAUUCGAUGAACUCAGCUACAACUUCCAGGGACCAUGCACGUACAACCUCUUCUCAUUAAACAUGAGCGACUGCCACAUGAACGUCUACAUCAAGAACUUCCUCGUCAAGGACGGUGACGCUUCCGUUGCCAAGGAGAUGUACAUCAGCCUCUUUGGUCAUGAAGUUAUAAUCAAACCUGGAAAAAUUUUGAUGGUGAGUAUAACCAAAAAAAUGCAGGGUGACAUAAUUGGCGCAGUCAAUGUUCCCAGUGGCGUAGUCAAUGUUCCCAGUGGCGCAGUCAAUGUUCCCAGUGGCGUAGUCAAUGUUCCCAGUGGCGCAGUCAAUGUUCCCAGUGGCGUAGUCAAUGUUCCCAGUGGCGCAGUCAAUGUUCCCAGUGGCGUAGUCAAAGAAGCACCAUUGGGUGUCUGGGAUGAUAUUAGUCACUGUUGCCAACAGGAGAGAGAAGCAGAGAGGAAGAGCUGGAAAACAACUGAAGAAAGCAGAGAAAGGAAUUAUGAUGGUGAUGUUGAUUGGGGUGAUGUUGAGAGUUAUGAUGUUGAAGGGAGUGGUAUGGAUAGUUAUGUUGUUGAUGAGAAUAAUCCUGGUGGCAAUGAUGUUGAUGGAGUUGAUUGCAAUGAUGUUGAUGGGGGAGGUGUAAAUGGUUAUGAUGCCGAUGUGGUUGAUGGCAAUCUUGUUGAUGGGGGAGGUUCUAAUGGUUAUGAUGCUGAUGUGGUUGAUGGCAAUGAUGUUAACAGGGGAGGUGUUAAUGGUUAUGAUGCUGAUGUGGUUGAUGGCAAUGAUGCUGAUGGGGGAGGUGUUAAUGGUUAUGAUGCUGAUGUGGUCAAUGGCAAUUAUGUUGAUGGGGGAGAUGUUAAUGGUUAUGGUGCUGAUGUGGUUGAUGGCAAUGAUGUUGAUGGGGGAGGUGUAAAUGGUUAUGAUGCUGAUGUGGUUGAUGGCAAUGCUGUUGAUGGGGGAGAUGUUAAUAGUUAUGAUGCUGAUGUGGUUGGUGGGAAUGCUGUUGAUGGGGUUGAUGGCAAUGAUGAUGAUGGGGAAGGUGUAAAUGGUCAUUAUGCUGAUGUGGUUAAUGGUAAUGAUGUUGAUGUGUGA